CUGGUCAGCGCCCUUCUCAAGGAGUUCCACUCUUCCAGCGAUGCUGAGCGGGCCUCCUUCCUGGCAUUUGUGGCACGGGUGGACUUAUCCCUCCUGCACCGCUACCAUUCCCUCCUGGGGCACUUGCAGGCUCUUUACGACCCCAUUAACCCUGACCGAGAGACCCUGGCGGAGUUGCCCCUGAGUGAUACGGAGCGCCUGGCUAAGGAGCGGCAGGUCCUGGCUGAGCUAGAACCGGUGCUGGAUCAGGCCAACUUCAACAGCCUGUCAGAGGAUGCUCUGGCCUACGCCCUCAUGGUGCAUCACCCUCAGGAUGAGGUCCAGGUUUCGGUCAACCUGGAUCAAUACGAAUACAUCCGGUUCUGGGCCCUCGGCCAACGUGUGGGAGUCCUCCCGGUGAAAUCCACGUUGGGGCCCCGCAAGGGGCUGUUUCGGUGCUUCCCUCCCCACACCAGGCGUUAUCACUCCCACCUGGUGUUAAAGUGCUUCAAGGACAUCCCCUUGGAGGCACUGGAGCAGCUGCUUCCAGCCCUGAGGAUCCGCACGUCCAUGUUCUACAAGACGCUGUUGAACGUCACGCUGGUGGUGAGUGGGCUGGCCCUCUUCGUCAACGUCGGCAUGGUCGUGCUGUCUGACCUCAAGAUCGGCACCAGCUUCCUGCUGCUUUGCUUCGCUGCCUUCAUGACCUUCCGCGCCUGGAAGGUGUUCGGGCAGCGGCGGAAUAUCCACUCCCUGGAACUGGCGCACAUGCUGUAUUACCGCAGCACCUCCAACAACUCGGAGCUGCUGGGCGCCCUGGUCCUGCGCGCCCAAGAGGAACACGCCAAGGAGCUGAUCCUGGCACACAGCUUCCUGCGCCGGCUGCCGGCUCAGCCCCUGCACAGUCCUGCAGACCCAGAGACGGUGGCUGGCCUUCGGGAGCACGUCCAGUCAUGGCUACGGCUCCACUCAGGCCUGGAUGUCUCCUUCUGUGCCGACCGCGCUUGCCAGCACCUGCUCAGCCUAGAGGGGGCUGGGCCUGUGGGGCAGCACUGGGCUGAUCCUGCCACAGCUCCUGGGUCCCACUGACACCGCUGGCGCUUUGCAGUGUGGGCACCGCUGCCCCCUCCUCCUGGCUGUGCUGCGGCCUCUCCGGGAAAAGGGCAGGGACGACCCUGGAAGGGGGCCCCAUAUGGAGCAUGCAACACCCAGGGGGAAGGAGAACUGAGGGGCCCCCCCAUACUUGCAAACGCUGAGUGUGUUGUGGUGCAUUCUGGGAGUCCCGCCAGCUUCCAUGCUUGGCAUGGCCCUGUUGUUAUCCAGCGACUGCCAGGGCUGGAUUGCUAGGUCGUUAACCCCCUCUGCGCCGCCUGGUGCCCGGAGGGUUUGCCAGCCAAGAGUGAUGCUGGGAAGCUGGCAGCCCAUUGACACCAAUGGCUCAAAGCUCAUUCAGCCGAGCGGUCACCCCCCCAGGUGUUAGGACUGUGGAUCCCCCUUCUCUUUGGCGGGAAGCCCCCCAGCCGAACCCUCCCUGGGGCAUGCCUGGAUCCCAGCGCUGGCUGCGUGUGGCAGAGAGAUUUGCACCUGGUGCUUCUAAGAGCUAGGCUUUGCUGUGAGAGGGGCGGAGUGGCCCGCCCGAGCUGGCAGGCUGCAUGCAGAGCUCCCUGGUUUGGGGCCACGCCUGCCAGCUGGCAGGAGUUGCUUUGCUGGGCUCUUCCCCUGUUUUUCUCUGUUGCUGAUUUUCACAGGCCUGGCCUUAAUUUAUUGGUGAGGGUGCCUUUUGGGCAGGAGUGGAAGCAAGCUGGGCCCCUUCCCCCCCUCCCUCCCCCCCCACGAAAGCACUUUAGUUACCACAGGCAAGGGCUGCACAGAACACACCUCCGACGGAGCCACUGGCGGGUUGGCCACGCCGACUCCGGACCAGCCAGGCUUCAAGCCAGCAACUUUCCCUGGAGUUGGGGAGAGAACCCAAGAGUCCUGGCUCCCAGCCCCCUGCUCUGGUCCUUUGAUCCCUCCUGGAGCACAAGUUCCUCCCCUGCUGAGCGAUGGUAAAACGUCUUAGUCUGAGGAGCCUGGCUUUAUUCCCUGCCUGAAAGCCACUGUGGGGGCAAGGAAAUUUCUACUGUAUUUGCCAUGCAAUAAAGAAGUUUCUUGACUUGA